AUGGGACGCAGACCUGCCAGGUGUUACCGCUACUGCAAAAACAAGCCAUACCCCAAAUCUAGGUUCUGCAGGGGUGUACCCGACGCCAAAAUCAGAAUCUACGAUAUGGGACUUAAGGGCGCAGAUGUCGAUGACUUCCCAUACGCUGUACACCUCAUCUCUGGUGAGUACGAACAGAUCUCCUCAGAAGCUCUGGAGGCUGCUCGUAUUUGCGCUAACAAGUUCAUGGUCAAAUCGGGAGGAAAAGAAUCCUUCCACAUCAGGGUUAGAGUUCACCCCUUCCAUGUGCUGCGUAUUAACAAAAUGCUUUCGUGCGCUGGUGCUGAUAGACUACAAACCGGUAUGAGACGUGCCUUUGGAAAACCCAAUGGUGUUGUCGCCAGGGUUAACAUCGGACAGAUCCUCAUAUCCGUCAGGACCAGGGAGGCAUUGGUACCCAAGGCCGUAGAAGCACUCCGUAGAGCCAAGUACAAAUUCCCCGGAAGACAAAAAAUUUUCAUCUCAAACAACUGGGGUUUCACCCAAUUCACUAGAGAGGACUAUUUGAAAUAUCAGUCUGAGGGCAGACUAGAAAACAAGGGUGUCCAUGUCAAGUGGAUCUCAUCUCACGGACCUCUCAGCAAGGUCUUCCCCCAAUUGGCAGACGUUCACGUGCCAUUGGACCCACAGAUCGUCUCGCCAUAA